AGUACAUCUUUAGACCACAGGAGCGGCAGAAGUAUGCUUCGCGUGUCGGGUGCGCUGCGAGCGUCGCUGCGAUACCGGCGACCGUACUGGAUGCUGUUUUUGAAGGGCGCCGACAACUGGAAGAUCUACACCGUCAUCCAGCAGCCCGAUCACCAGCGUACCGAAAUGCUUUACCAGGCGUGGCUCGGUGGGUUAGAUCGGCCCUACGUCCGGCCGAAGUGCAUGGCCCAUCAGCCGGUGUGGCUCAGCAAAAAGCGACACCUCCUCCAGAAGGCGCGGCUGGAGGGACCCGAGACGGCCCUCGAGAAGUACGUGUUGGAGUGGCAUAAGAAGUUUCACUGCUUCCAGGGCAGUGAGCGGCCCACCGUCGAAGACCUGCACACCGCGUUUGACCUCGUGGAACGCCCACUCGAUCUCAGUUACGCGUGCCAGCUGCUGAACCAGUGUCGCAACCUCUACUACAUCCGCCUCAGCGACGACUCCUUUGAGGUUUUUUUAGAGGCGUGCCUGCGGAUGGAUCGCAAGGACUGCGCCGCCUACGCCCUCGAGCACGCGGAGGAGCUCGGAUUCUGGCACGUCAGUGACAACUGCCGCCGCUACGUCGCGGGCGAGCAGACGUGGUACAAACAGUCGCCAUUGGACCUUCUGUUUUACCCACUGGAAGAGAAUGCGGAGCGCAACGCGGAGAUCGCUGCAGCGGCUGCGGGCCGCGGCGCGUCUGCCUCUGCCGCUGAUAACGUAGCGAGCGGGACGCCCGCCACCGAGGCAGCGGGUGCGGGUGCCAGCGACGAGGUGCAGGUUGGUGGAGGAGCGGAGGAGGUAGCGGACGACGAGGUAGCUCGACUUGAGGCGGAGCUCGCGGCACUUGAGAAGGAAAUGGGCGACUCCGAAAAAAAGUAA